AUGAGUAGCGCUUCAACACCACCUAUUAACUUGUUCCGUAGAAAGAAGGAACAUAGACGGGGGAUCACAUACACAAUGCUGUUCUGUGGGCCAGUAGGUACAGGGAAGACUACCUUUGCUAAUAAUUUAUUAGAGACUGAUAUCUUUCCGCAUAGGUAUCAGUAUGGUAAAACGGGUGCUAAUAUUAUUCCCAAUCCAGAAGUGAAAGUUGUCGCCCCAACUAAAGUUGUGUCAUUCAACUCCAAGAACGGAAUUCCAUCUUAUAGAUCUGAAUUUGAUCCAAUGAGAGCCAAUUUGGAACCGGGUAUUACCAUCACCUCCACUUCAUUGGAACUUGGAGGCAACAAGGGCCAAGAAAAACCGGAGAUGAACGAAGAUGACACUGUUUUCUUCAACUUGAUCAUGACACAUGGCAUAGGCGAAAACUUAGACGACACAAUGUGUUUUGAAGAAGUUAUGUCGUAUUUAGAACAGCAAUUUGACUUCGUUCUUGCUGAAGAAACUAGAAUCAAAAGAAAUCCGAGAUUUGAGGACACCAGGGUCCAUGUCGCGUUGUACUUUAUAGAACCCACGGGACACGGGUUAAGAGAAGUUGAUGUGGAGCUCAUGAAAAGUAUCUCUAAAUAUACGAAUGUACUGCCAAUAAUAACAAGAUCAGACUCAUUUACCAAAGAAGAACUGAUUCAAUUCAGGAAAAACAUUAUGCUUGAUGUAGAAAGAUAUAACGUCCCAAUUUACAAAUUUGAGAUUGAUCCUGAAGAUGAUGAUUUAGAAUCCAUUGAAGAAAACCAAGCCUUGGCGUCAUUGCAACCGUUUGCCAUUAUAACCUCAGACACCAGAAACGGCGAGGGUAAAUACGUAAGGGAAUAUCCAUGGGGCGUAAUAUCGAUCGAUGAUGAUAAAGUUUCGGACUUGAAAGUUUUAAAGAACGUCUUGUUUGGUUCUCAUUUACAAGAGUUUAAAGAUACAACACAACAUUUACUUUACGAAAAUUAUCGUUCCGAAAAGCUGUCACUGGUGGCUAAUACUGAACAGAUUGGUCCCAGUGCCAAAAAGAGACAAUCCAAUGCUCCAAGUCUAAGCAACUUUGCAUCUUUGAUAAGCACUGGAAAAUUUAAUUCCUCCCAAACCCUAGCCAAUGAUUUUAGAGCAGACACACCAAGGAACCAAAUCAGUGAAAACUUCAAGGAAAAUGAAUAUGAAGACAAUCAUGAACAUGGUUCUACAACAAACGAACAAGAAAUGUCACCCGUAAGACAAAUGGGCCAAGAGAUCAAACAAGAAAAUGAAAGUUUAAUAAGAUCCAUUAAAACGGAAUCGUCGCCAAAGUUCUUGAACUCUGCGGACUUACCAGAACGUACCAAAUUAAGAAACAUUUCAGAAACUGUACCAUAUGUCUUAAGACAUGAAAGAAUCUUGGCAAGACAACAAAAACUGGAAGAAUUAGAAGCUCAAUCUGCCAAAGAGUUACAGAAAAGAAUUCAAGAACUAGAAAGGAAAGCACAUGAGUUGAAAUUGAGGGAGAAGUUAAUCAAUCAAAAUAAAAUAAAUGGUUCAUCAUCCUCAAUCAAUUCUCUACAACAGAGCACAAGAAGUAAUAUGAAAAAAAACGACACAUAUACUGAUUUAGCAUCUAUUGUAUCUGGUAGAGAUUGA